UUUUUUAAAAAAAAAAACAAAUUAGGAAAAUCAUUUAUUAAGAUGAAACGUUUUAAUUUUUGAUUGUCUGUAUUAAACUUUAAUGGACGCAUUGACAAGUACCCAAUUUAGAGAAAGUUUCGGUGUUUCAAAUUAUUGGUCUGGUAAAUUCCGUUCGUUAUUUCAGUUUUAUAUAUAUUUGUAUUAUACGAUGAAGAUCUGCCCAAUCAAACCCGCAGUCUGAUAAGAUGAGUGUUUACUGGUCAGAAUUUUUAAUAGUUGCGGUCACCACACGCGAAAAUAAAUUUUAACAAUUUCUACAAUGUCUUCAAAAACAGAAAUAAAAAAUAAUGAAAAUACUUCACCAAAAGUUGCAUCAAAGACUGUUAGAGUGGUCUUUAUUGCCUUAUUACUUGAUAUUUUAGCUUUUACCAUAAUUUUACCAUUAUUCCCUAGGUUAUUACAAGAAUAUCGGGUUAGAGAACAAGGCGAUGAGAAUACAUUAUUAAGUUUGUUUUUAAAGCAAAUACAAAUAUUUAAAGAAAUAAUAGGAGGAGGAACAAAUCCGAAAUGGGAUUUAGUAUUAUUAGGUGGAGCAUUAGGAUCAUUAUAUUCUUUUCUACAAUUUGCUGCAUCACCAUUUAUUGGAGCUUUUUCUGAUAGAUUUGGGAGAAGAAAAACAUUGUUAGUUACUAUGAUUGGUAAUAUUAUAUCGACAUUUCUAUGGUUAUUUGCAAGAUCAUUUGGUUGGUUCGUAUUAGCUCGUAUAGUUGGUGGGUUAAGUGAAGGAAAUGUACAAUUAUCCAUAGCUAUUGUGUCUGAUGUUACAACGCAAAAGACCAGAUCAAGAGGCUUGGCAUUAGUUGGAAUAGCAUUUGCAAUUUCAUUUACAUUAGGACCAGCACUUGGAGCAUAUUUUGCAUCAAAAGAUCUAGCAAAAUUAUUUCCUCAAUUUGUUGAAUGGGGUUUAAAUCCAUAUUCAAUGCCAGCAUUUGUAGCAUUAAUAUUAUUAAGUGUUGAAACAUUAUAUAUAUAUUUAGCAUUACCAGAAACAGCAAAAAUUUCAAAAAAAAAUUCAUCUCAACAAGAAGAAUCUUUCAACACUAAAGAAGAACAACCAGAGUAUAAUAUUAAUACAAUUUCAGUAUCAGAAAGAAAAUCAAAUUUAAGAAUAUUAAAUUGGAUACAUUUCCUUUAUUUAUUCUUUUUUGCUGGAAUGGAAUUUACUUUAACAUUCUUAACAUUCGAUUUAUUCGAUUUCACAAAUAUGCAAAAUGGUAAAUUAUUAGGAUUCAUAGGUAUAUUAUCAGCUAUUAUACAAGGAGGUUAUGUUAGACGUAAAGCGCAUAAUAUAGGAGAGAAAAGAUUGGUAAUACAAGGAGUAUUAUCAUGUUCAAUUGCUUUAGCCAUUAUUUCAUAUUUGACCAAAUUAUCAAAUGGUAAAACUUUGCUUUAUAUUGAUGGUAUAACUUGGCUUUAUAUUGGUGCUGCUUUUUUGGCUCUUACUUCUGCUACUGUAGUAAAUUGUUUAACAUCAAUAGCUUCAAUGCAAUGUGAUGAUGAACUGCAACAAAUAGAUGAAGUUCAAGGAGAAGAUGAUACGCAAAAUAUUAAUACCCUAAUACCAAAAGGAGAAGCUUUAGGAAAGUUUAGAUCUUCUGGACAACUAGGUAGAGCGUUCGGACCAAUUGCUGCUUGCGGAUUAUAUUGGAUUUCAGGAUCUGGAAUUUGUUACGCUUCAGGUUCUUUAGCUAUGUUAAUCAUUUUUAUAAUUGUUAGAAUCAAAGUACCUUUUAUAAAGAAAUCGAAAAAUGAAUAGAAAAUAAAUGAAUAUAUAACACAUAUAAAUGUAAUAGUGUAUAUAUUUGGGUUUAAUAAUUUCUUAAAAUAUUAUUAUGAUUUUGGGGGAUCUAGUGGGGGUAAAAUUCAAUAAUAUUUUCUUAGCUUAGAAUAAAU